AUGGAGGACUCGCACAAUCACCCAGUGAAACGUGCUCAGACUUCUCUAAACCCGCAAAGUCAAUCGACGACCUACCAGGUCAACGUCAGCCGCAAGAAGACGAGGAAAUGGGUCGAGGCUAAGGUCCAGAGCUAUGACGGCGACGACUGGGGAGCUGACGAGUACGACGAAGAGUCUGAUCAUGAAGCUCCUCCGCCUCCGCCAAUCAACCCCUCGCUGCGCACAUUCUCUGGCACCGACCUGCUACACUCUCGCCACAAUACUCCCAGCCCAGCCUCGAGUUUGAGUGCGCUGCCGUCUCUGCGAACACAAGUCCAGCAGCAGCAGCAGCAAUCUCCCGUUGUGCCACCAGCAAACCAGCCUCCGCGGAUUGGAGUUACUUCGCCUGUCGUAUCAGACGUCUUGACUCGUAGCGCCUCGGAGUCGAUUGCCAGCGGCCAUGUUGUAUCACCUCAACCCGUGGCUGCUUUCCAAGGACGUGAAGGCGACGGCAAUCUGUCGCUAGCCGGCAUUGCUCAGCUGCCUUCACAAAUCCAACAGCAGCAACAAGCUCCCGGCGGCUAUGAUGUGUCACGCUCUUCCAGCUUCGAGCAGGCUAUAAAGCCCACAUCUACACCUCCAGUUGUUGAUCGCUCCGUGUCUCCCCAAAUUUCCGCACCACCACCACCACCUCCUGCAGACCAACCUCCCCCCGUCAUUUACUCGCCUGACAAUUACAGUCGUCUGGAGGAUGACAAGGCCCAUGAGACACUAGCAUUGGCUCCUGCUGUUCCCCCGAGCUCUGGACCUGACCAAUCCACUGUAUCUGCUCCAAAGCCGCUGUCUAGUGAGGACAGGCGCGAUACCUGGGAAAGGGACGACGAUUCCUCUCACGGGGAUCAUCAAGACAACCAAGGAAUCCGUCCCGAUUUUGAGUCCCAAGCUGGGAUUGAUCGUGGGAGAAUGUCUGUUAGUCCCAAGUUGCCGGACCUUGCUCGCAUGUCCGCUUUUGGCACUGACCUCUUUGCCUCCUCAUCGAGCAACAACAACUUUUUGAAGCAAGCUCCUAUCAGUGAAGAUCAGGGGAAUAGAGACGAACCCGCUGCUGCUAUUCCCGCAGCUACUACUGCAGAAUCUCGUUGGCAGCCUCCCGCAGUGCCAGCCGAGGACGAAGACCAGUCAGAAGCUCCUGGAGGUGCACCUCUCUCUCAGCCCAACAGCCUAUUCCCUGGUAGAAACAUUCCAGUCAUUCCACCAUUGCGAACUCCUAGCCCCCAACCGUCCGCUGCGGCUCCCUUUGACUCGCAAGGAACCAAAAUCACUCCCACAGAGCCUCUUCAGCCCCACAGGGGAGAGCCAUUGCCGGAUUUUGAAGCUCCUCCGUCAUUCCAAAGAGUGCAGACUUAUGGCACAGACUCCUCGUCUCCCAUAAAGGACAGCCCGUUGAAAGAAAACGACGUGCUUAGUGACGAGAUUAUGCGGACUCUUAGCCCCUCGGGUGCAACUCCUGCUGAUGUCAAGCUCAGCGAUGGUCCCCAACUGCAUCCUCCGGAGGGCCGGAGCGCCGUUAGGGAGAGCAGUUACACUCUUAUGGACUAUGAUAGUUACUGGGCGGAUACAGCAGGAGAUUCGGGCCCGGGCCAUGAGGAUGCGCCAGUGCCGCCAACUGAGAACCUCCAGAGCACACCAGCCGCUACUGAGACGCUUCCCGCUCCUUCAGCUCAAUCUGGUUUGAAAUUAUCAACCGAUAACACCUCUCCGCCAGAGGCAGCUACGAUAACGUUUGAUACGAUUUUCUCUCCUCAGCAGUCCCAGCAAUUGCCCCAAGAAGAGCGACAACAGGAACCUCAGCCGCAGCAGCAGCAAGAGGAUCAACAGGAGCCACAAUCAUCCCUUAGACGAAGGUUUUCCUGGGAGGCUGAAGAGGAGCGCCACACUCCCACAACUCUGGCUCAGACUCCCAUACAAGCUCAGCCAACCAGUGAUGACUCUGCCGCUCCUGCAGUCCAUCUCACUGGGCCAUCCGGUCAACCAUUUGAGCCAUCCGUGACGAACUUGAGCACCGAAUCUCGUAGCCAUAGCCCUGUAUCCCAGCUAUCGCAGGCACCAACAACGGCGGCGGGAUCUGGCUUGGGUGCCCUGGUGCUUCAGACAUCCAAUCCAUCCGGCAGUUUCCCGGGGCAUGAUUCGUCGCUUCCCGAGCCUCCUUCUCCAGUGUCUGUUUCUGUGAUCAGUGAUAAACCUUCUACCACUGCCCGUGAACAAGCGCGCAUGUCCAUUGCCGACGACAAGCUGCUCGCUGACCAGGGCUCCGUCAGUUUGGUGACGGCAUCUCCACCUCCAGCUUCGGAUUCUCACCCGGCCGUGUCUUCACCGACUUCUGCAGCGUCUGUGCCCGCUCCACAAGCCCCUGCCCCUAAUGCAAACCCACUUGCACAGGCCAAAGCCAUGAACUUCCGGGAUAUCAUGGCUUUGUCGACGCCGUCGGAGAGGAUAGCAAAAUACAACGAAGCACGCGAGGCCUUGGCGGCAAGAGAUUCCGGCUUGGAGAGCUGGCUUGUAUAUCUGACCACGGAGCAUCCCGAGCUUUCGGCCUCCAUCUCUGCUCCGGGAGGCCAGAUGACGCCUCGGUCAAGUAACAACGCCUCCUUGCCAGCAGGAGCUCAGCCCUCGAGCCAACAGCCUUAUUACCAGCAGUAUCUCAACGCCAGCUCGCCAAGCACGUCUGUGCCACAAAGCGGAGGUGGAGGUGGUAGCGGUGGUGGCCGCUCGAGGUUGGGUGGGUUGUCGAUGCCAUCUCAGAUGUCCGGCAGUGCGUUUGGGCAUUCGGGCAACCAGAUUGGCACAAAGAGCAAGGAGUUCAUGCAUUCAGCUGGAAAGAUGGGCAAGGGACUGUUGAGCAAGGGCAAAAGCAAACUGCGCGGAAGCGGGGACAAGGUCGAUACGAUCCCUCCGGACCAUCCGAUACCCAACAAAGCGCAACGACGCUCGACAUGGCGGUUCAGUCUCGAGCCAAGACCUCGUGAAGAUGAUGCUGCCCCACAUUCCAGCAGCGACAUCUCCACGACACCGCCACAGCUGCCCGACCCGUCCCCGGUCUCCCCCUUGAACGCCGCAGAUGGCCCUGGAUCCGCCUUUCCAUGGAGUGUCUCAAAUGACACGCCCGCCCUCGACCCGUCAGCUGUGAAGCCGCCUGGCGAUGAACACGUCAGAUCGGACGACUUAGUCAUCGCCAAUUCCUUCCUCCACGGGGCUUAUGUGUCAGCAGAGCAGGAGGAGAACGUAUUCCCCGCUGGCCAAAGAAUCUCCGACUUGAAUCCAGAUAUGGUGACGCCGGAUGAUUGGGUCAUGGUUCAGCAUCAGGGUGAACAAAGUCAGGCUCAGAGAUUGUCCAUGUCAUUUAGGGCAAUGGCUGCAAACGACGAGCAGGCGCGACAACAGCAGAGCCAGCCCCUGGAUAGCUCGGACGCGCCAAAGCGCAACUCAUCCUUUAUCGGUCUGCCACCCAUCAGGAGAGGCUCAACAUUUGGCACAAAAUCAAAAGCACGGAGGGCCACAGAACGCUUCUCCCUAGACGACGAAGAUGGUGACGAUGGUGGGGACUUUGAUGCUCCUCCCCUCUCUCCAGUCAGCGGCAUUGACGCGUCGAUACAUCCCUCAGAGGUCGUGACGGGUGCGAGUCAAGGGGAACGCAAUGAAAGGGCCCUCCCUCCUCAACCCGCGCAAGGAGUACCGGUGGCCGCGGGUGCUGAGCCUAAAUUUGGCCAGCAACAUUUCUCCCAUGCAGGUCAUCAUCCUCACCAGCAGCAGCUACAACAACAGCCGCAGCAGCAAUAUCCUGGUGGACCAAACCCUCAACUUAGUCAAGGCGCGCCUAUGCUUGGUAGCCUAGUCCAGAAACUCCCUCCCGCAGGUCCGUGGAAGCUGGAAGAGAGCCAUCUAACUGAGCCGCUUCACCUAACCAAAAAGCGCUCCGGCACAGACUUUUCGCAGCAGGAUAUGUAUCAUGGCUACAAUAAAGAGCUUGGAUUGGAGUUCCCUGCAGCUCCAGUACCUCUCGCUCAGGGGCCUCCCGGGCGAUUCAGAAGCGAUGUGCCUCCAUCGUCUGCUCGGCGCUAUCCGGAGCUGUUUUCACUUCCAGGACAAGACCCACGACAAUUUGGUCGAGGCCAAGGAUACCCGCCCCAGAUGCAAGGCCGCCAGCCAAGAGAGGGAGCGGCGCCUAUACGGCAGCAACAAGGAGGACCAGAGGCCGAUGAGCGUGGGCGCAGAAGGAAUUCGGGCCUCUUCAAAGAGAUUGGGACUCGAAUUGCGAGAGCAACCUCAAGAGAACGCCGGAGCUCUAUUACUGAGCCUAGACCGCCAUCUAUACAGCUUCGAGGAGAUGAGGUGUCCGAUAUCAGCGUAACAACGGAGGAUACAUCGGAUCGUAGAAAGAAGCGAGCCAGUUUCCUUGGGUUUUCCGGCCGUCCUUCCUCGGACCAGCCACUUCGGAAGGAAGACGACCCAGGCCACCAAGCACGCCAGCGGGAUACACGAUCUGCUGGAGGUGAGCCACCCGUUGACCCCCGCGAGGAUCGUAAGCGCUCCCUCUUUGGUGGCGGCGGACAGCACAAGAUAGGUCCGGGUAACUUCUCUCGCUCGUCCACUUCCAACUCAGCACUUGAGUCUGGUGGCGACGGCCGAGAUCCGCACAAGAGAAGAAUAUCUGAUAUUGCCAAGGUGUCAGGCAUUGCUGGCCUAUUUGGUCGCUCACGUCAGGAUCGUGCGUCAUUGGGUGCUAUGCCCCGGCAGCAGAACGACGAGCGAGGGCAAAACAUCCAAGCUUUCAAUCAAAAAGCUGCUAUCCCUGAUCGACCGCCCAUGCAACUGCCAUCUUUGGAUUUUACAUCGGACCCUCUGGAUUCCAUGUCUAGUUUGGGCUUGGAAGAAUCAUUUCAGAAUUACCGUUAUGAGGAGCAGCAGCAGCAGCAACCGCAGCGUGCGCUAGAACCCCCCCCGCAGAGACAGUUUGGCAAUCAUAAUGCCUUCUCUGUUGGUCCUAUGGACCCUCAAACCCAGCAGAUCUCUCCGCUACCCACUUCAGUUGGAGGCCAGGAGAGGGCAGCAGCCCCGACAGGAUUGGCAUCCCCUCAGUUCAACCAGCUACCACAGGGCAUCAGUCAGGAUUCAGAGCGACAGCAUCCUCAGACUCGUUUACCACCUCUUGCGACUGAGGCUCCAGUGCCCGUGCAGAAUGUGAAUACUGCUGCUACAGAGGGCCAAAACUCUUCCGGCAACGGGGGUUUGGAAACUCCUCCUGAAUCCCAAUUGGACUCGGCAAUGGAUGAAAAGACCCCCAGGGUUCAAGAAUACAUCUUUCAGGAAAAGCUGGCAGCUCUCCAGCUCGAGGGAGAUAAUGUGAGCGAAGAGGAAGUUCUGAGAUCGCAGACGGUAUCUCCAGAUAUAUCCAUCGUGUCCACCUCUAAGACAGAGGAGCAAGGCCCUGUCCAAUCGCACAGCAAUGCCUCUGAGCAUAGCGAGGUGGUUGAAGGGGUUUUGAUUACACCCCCUCCUGAAGCGUCUCUUCCUGCAACUGCGGAUGCUGACAAUGUCGGACUUUCUGCCAUCCACCAUAAUGUGCCACCGUCAGUCCACUCAUUCCCAUCGAUUUCUUCGCUUCGUGAGAAAUCGGAUGUCAAGUCUAUCCAGCAAGAAGGAAGUUCUGUACACCAAACAGAAGAGAGCGUGGCAAUAUCACCGGAACCGUCACCGCAAGUUACAAAGUCUGAAGUAUCGAGCAAAGCUGCAACACCAGUGUCUCAGCAUCAACAACUGCACUCGCCGGCUUUGGCGACAGUAAAGCUGCCAGAGACGCAGAGCGUUGAUCCGCCAGCUACUCCUCGGUCUCAAACCAGACCUGAAUCCCAGCAGCGGCCCGUUGAUACAGCAGGGCAGCGGCAACUCUCUACGCCGUCAUCACCACUACUUGCCAGCAUCCAAGCAACACAACAGCAACCCGUACAGCAGCAAUAUCCCGUACAACGGCAGCAUCCCAUGCAGCAUCCCUUACAACAGCAACCUGUGCCGCAGCAGCAUCUCGUACAGCAUCAACAUCCCUUACAGCAGCAUCCCGCACAACAGUUGCGGCCUCAAUAUCCGCCGUCGGUAAGCGCCUCUAAUGCGUCCAUUGCUUCAGAGGCAUCAACCCCGGUAUAUCAAGUCCAAUCUGGACCACAAAACCUUUUCCCAGGGCUUCCUGGACCAUUCGGACGAGCGUCUACACAGCCUCCAGACGCUGCUGCACAGCAGAAAGAUGGCCAGGGAUCGCGAUGGAAAGGACUCAAAAAUCGAGUGAGCGAGCAGAUUUCCCAAAGAUCUCAGCCGCAGCAGCCGCAGCAACAGCAGCAACAACCGGUACAAAACAUGAACCAGGGCCAGAACAAGACUGCUGUGGGAGACAAGAUCAAGGGCAAUAAGUUGCUAGGCGCUCUGAGACGUACAUCGAAGCAACCGGAACUUAGCCAAAACCAGGGCAAUGUCCAACCAUCUUCCAGCUCCAAGCAGCUUCCAAACCCGAUCCCACAGCCUCAUGCUCAGGGAUAUCAGCCGCAACCAGGACAGUUGCAGGGGCCACGGCCUAAUGCUAUGCCUGCUAACAACCAGUACUUGCAGCCAUCUAUGCAGCCACCCAAUAUGCCCAGAGCAAAGACUAUGCCUCCUGGGCCGGCUCAACAGAAUGCUCCCCCCCGAAACCAGACGCGGUCAUCAGAGCCGCGUUAUGAAAGCGUCCCCAUCCCCAGAGGAUAUACGGCGGUACAUGGCGAGGGCAUAACGGUGCCAUCGCCAUAUCACCCGAACGUUCGACGCCAGUUCGGCCCCCUACCACCACAGCAGCAAAUGCAGCAACAUCCCCAUCCGCAGAUGCAACGACAAUGGCAAGGUGGCCACCCCCCACCCAUUUCUCAGCAGCCUCAGCAAUCUCAGCCAACCCAAUUCCAAGGAAGCCCCCGAAUGGCUCAAGGCCCACAGAAUGGAGGUCCUGUUCAUAUGAGAGCUCCAUCUGACUCACGAUCCGACUACCUCAGUCCUCGGAGCCCUGAAUCAUUCAAUACGCAAUCGAGCCGGCAUAAUCGACACAAUUCCCAAGGUAGCCAGAAUAGCAGAGCUGAGCCACCGCGACCUGGCAGUGGCAUGGGCAGCAUACUGGGAAUGUCACAUCCAGGCAGCCCUCAGCCGUCUGAAAAGGGAAAUCUAUCUGUCAUGGACCGUCCUCGCUCUGCUUCACGGAGUCCCGCUGUGCCUGUUGGGGCUGAUCAGAAGCCUGAUCUGGAUCCCAGCCCGAAGCCAGAGGGAACGUAUGAUUCAAGUCGGGCUUCGAACCUUGGCAUAGAUGUAGAUAAAGCCCAGCAACUGGUGGAGGAUGACCUUUAUGCGGCUACGCCCAAGGUGGUACCAAAUGUGGCUGGAGAUGCCGGCAACUCAUCUGCCACAUCUCAGUCAGCAUCAAACGAGCAGGCAGAAAGCUCUGCAAGUGCAGCGGGCAAGGCCACCAUAAAACCAGUAAACGCUGGUGUGAUGGCAGAAUUAGAAGACACGGAAGAAGCACGAAAGCGAGCCAUAAGGCUGGCAUCACAGGAGGAGAAGAUCUUUUACGAGCCAGAGGAUUACGAACCCAAGAUGAGCGCGACGAGCUAUCCUGGACAAGAGUGGAAUCCGUUUGGCGAGCCGGAAUUUGCAGACUGGAAGGAAGAUUGA